AUGUUUGAAGAUGAUAAAGAUAGAAAAUUAAAAUAAGCAAAUGAUAAUGUGAAAUACUUAGAAUCUUAACUAACUGUAAUUUUAUACUAAAUAAUAAGCCAUUAGUUGAGAGUAACUCAAAAUUAAAGGAUAGCAUUCAUGCAUUAUAAUACUAUAUGGAACAAAGAAGAUUAGACUUUGCUCACUUGUUAAAUUAUUCAAAAGAACGCCCUCUUAAGAUUAAUUUGAGCGAUAUGGUUGAUGUAUAUGAAUGGUUGAAGAAGGAUAUUGAAAAUUAUUUAGAGUAAAUUUAAGAAUUAGAAACUGAAAAUAAAAUGUUUAAAUUAUUUAUCUAAUAAUAAGAUGAAGAAACUAGAAAUUAAGUUGGAAAAUUUAAUGAUAUCAUUCUUUAACAUGAACAAACAAUAUCUUAAUAAUAAGAAAAAAUCAAUUAAGAAUAUUUAAAAAAUUAAGAUUAUUAAUUAUAGUUCAAAUUAGAAUUCGAGAAAAAAUUAGAAACUCAAGAAAAUAAGUACAAAGAUAUAAUUUAAUUAAUUGAAUUUGAAAAAGAAGAAAUUUCAUAAAAAUAUAAUCAACUAGAUGAUGAAUAUUAAUAAAAGUUAAAAAAAUAAAAGUAAGAAUUGAUAAAUUAAUUCGAUAAAUAGGAAAGACAAAACUAGACUGAGUUUAUAAAAUAAUUGAAAGAGUUAAAUGAUUAAAUCUAAAAAUUAGAUAUAAAAAAUAGGCAACUUUUAACUGAGAUGUAAAAUGUUAAAUAAGAUAAUGGAAUUUUAGCCUAAUAAUGUUCAUAACAAUAAAAAAACAUAAAUAAAUUAAAUCGUUAAGCUGAGAAUUUAUUAUAAACUUUAAAAAGCGCAAGAGAGGAGAUUUCUGCAUUAAAUUUUGAAAAAAUAAGUCUAUAAAAUUAAAUUGAAUAACUCAAACUAUAAAUGGAUAAAUAAAAUAAAAAAGAGAUCGAGCUUCAAUCAUAUAUCAAAAAUUAAAGAGAUUAAUAAUUGGAGAUAUAAAAUAAACUUGAGAAUCAAAUAUGUGAAUCAGUGAAUAAAAUAAAAGAUAUAAUCUCUGAAAUAGGGAAAAAAGAUUUAUUUAUUAAAGAAUUAUCUGAAGCCAAUGUUAAAAUGGAAUAAUUAUAUCAGGAAAAAAUAAACAAGUAAAGGAUUAAGUAUGAAUAAAUGCUUUAUCCUGAUCAAUCAAUUAAUACUGACUUGCUAUUAUAUAAAGAAACCAUGGUUUAAUUUGACGACACAUCAAUAAAAGAAGUUAUUGAAGAUUAUGAAAUGAUUAUUUCACAUUAUGCUAUUUAAUUAGAAAAUCAAACAAUAAAAUUGAAGACUUUGGAAAAUUCAUUUUAAGAAAAAUAAGCUGCUAUAAAAUUGUAAUUUGAUUAAAAAGCUAUUAAAUUAGCAAAAGAUUACGAAUAAAAAUUUGUUAACGAGAGCAAAAAAUAAAAAUAAAAAAUAGAAGAAAUCAAUUAAUAAAACUAAAAAGAAUUAGAUUCAUUAAAAAUUAAAUUAGACACAGAAGUAGAAAAAUUAAAUUUGGAAAAUUAAAACAAAAAUUAACAUUAUAUUAAUGAAAUUUAAAAUUUAAAUAAUCAAAUUAAUGAGGAUGCUAAAAUAAUUGAUUAACUAAACUAAUUAAUAAUAUAAUUACAAGAUACUACAUAUUAAUUAAAAUAAUCUCAUGAAUAAUAAUUAGAAGUGCUUAGAAAUAAUCAUGCAAUUGGAAAAUAAUAGUUAACUCUCGCUUUUGAAGAAAGAUUUGAUAAAGUUAACUCAGAAUUAAAAACUCUUUAAUUAGAAAAGGAAAGCUUCGAUAUUGUAAGAAUAUAAGAUUAAAAGGCUUUGAAUGAAGGAAAAAAAAAAAUUGAAUAACAAUAAUCAAUAAUCAUGUAAAUUAAAGAAGAAUCUAAACAAUAAUAAUAGAUUAUAAGUGAGUAAGCGUAUAUGAUGGAAUAGUAUUAGUUAUAGAUUUAAAGAUUAAAUGAAGGAAUAAAACAAUUAUAAAAUGAAAUGGAAAAUUCAAAAUAAGUUUAUAAUAUCUUUAAAAAUUAAAGUAUGAUAGUUCAUAGAUAAUUUGAUGAUUCUAAUUUGAAAUCUGACAUAAAGAAAGCUUCUAAUACAUCAUUUAAAUUCUCAAGAACAAAAUAAUUUACUAGAUAAUCAAAUAGGCCUGGAUUGCAUAACAAAUCAACAAAUUUUGUUAUAUAAAAUGGAGAGCUAUAACAGUUACCAAAAGUUAGAUCAACCUCAACAAAUUAAAUUAGAAUAACACCUAGACAGCAUUCAUCUUAUGCGUGA